AUGUUUUUAACAUUUGGCUUUCCAAUUAUUUAUUUGAUCUACAUUUGUUUUUUUAUUUAUCGUCUUAGAGAGAUUAAAGCGAUUGUGGAUGUUAGCCAAAGAAAGUGGAAAAUAACGAUGUUUAUUCAAGUUGCUAUUAUUUGCGGUAUAAAUAUUGCCUGUUGCUCUUUAUAUGCUAUAAUGCAACGUUUGCCAAUGAGUAAAACAUUAAUUAUUGUUGGAUAUUAUUUGAACUAUUUUGUAUUUGGACUACCUCCAUUUAUUUAUUUAUUUUGUAACGAAACAUUUAGAAAUGAUGUUAAGAAAAUAAUUGGCAAAAAUCUGCAUAAAUUAGCUAAAAAAUUAUAUUCUCCACCAAACAGCAUCAAUCCUUCAUAUAAUAGCCGAAUGCAACGAAGUGUUAAUCGCCCUCUAGCCAGUCGAUUUAGUGGAGGAAAUUAA